GACAUGACUUUCAAUCAAAGUGACAUUGACAAGACACGAAAUUUUGAAAUGUGGAGCGAAUUUGUUUUUGUAAAUUAAUUUUAUAAAUAAACAUUUAACUUUCGUGAUACUAACACAAAGACAUAGUCAAUAACAUAUCCUAAAAUAAGUACCGUGUAAGUUCCUAAUAAAACGCAAGACGGUUGAACCUGAAGUUAUUCGAAUCCUAACGAACACUCGAAAGAAAUGGCUAACAAUGAUAUCAGCUUUGAGCCUAUGGAUGUUGAUUUAAGCACAAAUUCUGUUAAUAACUCUGUUACUGCUGGACAAAUAAUAACACAAACGAACCAUCUACUGAAUGAGAGCGACAAUGUGCCAGAAGCAGCAAGACUUAGUGCCACUUUAGAAGAAUCCAGUGGUUCUUUCAAACCCGAGGUAUGGAAUGUUAAUAAAUUUCACAUAAUAAGAAAAACUGAGAAAAGCACCUACUUAAGUCCUCAAUUUUUAGUUUUGGCUUUGUUAGUGCUUCCUUUGACUGCAAUUAUGCUCUGCAUCUCUAAUAUACAAUGCAUUGAUGACUUGGAUUUAAAGAAAUUGAAAAUCAAACUUGAUAACCGUCUGUAUGGACAACCCAAAGCCAUAAAAAGUUUCAUAGAAGCACUUAGUGAAGACUCUAAAAGUAAAAUUAUAUUUAUGUAUGGUGGAACAGGUGUUGGGAAGACUUAUACAAUUUCUUUGGCCUUUGAGAACGUAUGGAAUAGUACAAAUGUGUAUCAUUAUACAAUGCCUAGCUUCGGAAACACAUUUACAACUGAGACAAUGCUGGGAUUGAAUAUUUGCGACACUUCUGUAGUAGUUGUUGAUGACCUAAGACAAAACGAUUUUGAAGUGAAAGAAAAAAUUGUGGAAAUAAUCGAAAAAAGUGAAAACUUAAAUAGAAAAAUUACAGUGAUACUUGUAUACAAUUGUGACAUUAUAACUAAGGACUUUGUGAAGAAGUGUGACCAAUCAUUUCACUCUGAACUAUUCCAAGCCUUUGAGGAUGUGAAAGUAUACAAAAAAUUCAUUGAGUUUAAACCAUUAACGGAAGAAGUUUUAAAAAUGUGUAUUGAAGAUGAACUAAGGGAUAAAACUAUUGGUGACUCACAUUUCAGUAAUAUUCUGAAUAACUUCAAUGUCACAUUGGAUGGCUGUAAAGGAGUUUACAAGAAAAUUAAGUUUUUGAACUUGCAGUGAGGUAUGACAAUGAUGUGAUAUUAUGUAUGUAGUGUAGUGUAGUGAAUAUUAGACUAGAUUAUGCAUAUAGUUAUUGUCAAUUUUGAAUUGGUGGAAUAAAUUAUUUUUGUAGAUCAAAAGAACUUUAUUUUAGAGAAUGUUACAUGAUAAUCGGCAAUGCAGAGGUUCAAGAAAUUAUGUUCAAUACAAAUAUAUUUACCGACAAUUCUUUAAUACACCUACACUUUCACAUAUGGAAAUUAUUCUACAACAAACUUAGCCUUUAUUGUAAUAAAAAGCAAAUACUAAAUGAUAUUUGUAGUGCAUUGAAGUAUGAAUCUAUAAAACAUACAAAAUAACAUCAACGGCUUACUCAAGCAAGGGUGCAAUAUUGAUUAAUAAAUUUUACUAAAAACAUUGCAUUCUCCCAAUACAA